CGAGGACUACAAAUUGACAGAAAACGGACUACAAUUUUGGGAGCACCUGCGCAGAAAGAGUUUGAGUGCUUUAAAUGAACUGUACGUGCAAAGAUGGCAGCUCAAGUCGACUUGCUCCGUGUAAAAGUAGGAGAAGAAAGGGUGAGGGACUGUUUGGAUAGAUUCAUAAAAGAGAAGAAAAAGAAGAGACCCUUGUCACCGCAGGCGGACAAACGGGAGAAAGAGGUGAAGAAAGUCAAGCUCCAUCAUCAUUAUCACCCCCAUCACAGACCACACGCUGAGCACCGGGCGCACAAGCCGCACAAGCUGCAGCCGAACACCGCUUGUGUCGCUCCCGCUCCCUCUCCAGCUCCUGUCCAUCGGCAUUUCAGCGACAAACAUGCGCUGCACCACCACUCCCAUAACAACGUCCACCACCAUGGACACAGCCAGAACCAGGGCAGCGGGACGAAGAAGAGCCUGCUGCCCGCCACGCCUCCUUCUAACGCCGCUGCACCUCAGAGGAAGACCCCCACAGAGCAGGUGCCCAAGAAGCGCCCGGUGCCCACAGAGCCAGCGGCGAUCUUUUCAUUCACGCCGCUCAAAAUGGUCAAGGCCAAGGAUGCACAGUUUAAAGAGAAACACCGGGAGAAGAAGGGAGAGGAGCUCAAACUCAAAGUGAAGAAGGAAAAUGCAGAGAGAAACUUAAAGAUCCCCGAUGUCAAGAAAAAGAAAGAGACAAAACCUCAUGAUGAGAACCUUAAGUCUCAAACACUGGAGGAGUACCUGCUCAAGAAGAAAAAGAAAAAGAAGAAGCAUCGCGAAGAGGAGUGCAGCAUUAAAAAAGUCAGAUACCUCCUGAACAAAGAGGUGCAGACGGACCUCAAACUGUGCAGAACUCAAGACCGGCCUGUGAAGAGAGGAGGGAGAACCAUCAAAAGCCAUAUCCCGUAUCUCCACGCACUGAAACUGGGUCACACACACUUUAUCUCCCAUCAAGAGCACUAUAUCCGCAGCUCCUGUCUCCAGACCACCUCCAGAUUUGGGCGCUUUCUUCAUGAGGAGAAACAGCCCAACGGAGGGGGUUAUGUCCUGCAUGCAUACGCUGACGAACUGGCGUGUCUGAGCGCUGAGGAGCUGGAGGCGUUUGCUCAGGAGUACCUAGACUUGGCCUUCACAGAGCACCCAAAAGGUGCGUCCAAAUAUGCCCUUUCUGUGAUCCACGGAGCUGCUAAUUAUCUGCCCGACUUCUUGGACUAUUUUGCGUUUAAUUUUCCCAACACGCCAGUCAAAAUGGAAAUUCUGGGCAAGAAAGAUAUAGAGACUACCACAAUCGCUAACUUUCACUCUCAGGUGAGCCGUACAUACUGCGCUGGGACGUACCGUGCUGGCCCAAUGAGGCAGAUCAGUUUGGUGGGAGCCGUGGAUGAGGAGGUUGGAAACUUCUUCCCAGAAUUCCUCAACAUGCUCGAAGAGUCACCCUUUUUAAAGAUGACGCUGCCCUGGGGUACUCUUUCCAGUCUGAGAUUGGACUGCAGGACUCAGAGUGACGAUGGACCCAUCCUGUGGGUCAGACCUGGGGAACAGAUGGUGCCCACUGCAGACAUGCCCAAGUCUCCUUUCAAGAGACGCAGGUCAAUGAAUGAGAUCAAGAACCUGCACUACCUGCCCAGGACCAGUGAGCCCAGAGAGAUGCUGUUUGAGGACAGGACUAAAGCUCAUGCAGAUCACGUGGGGCAGAGCUUUGACUGGCAGAGCACUGCGGCUGUGGGCGUGCUCAAGGCUGUGCACUUCGGAGAGCAUAACCCACAGCCUCGGAUCACCAAAGACGUUGUGUGUUUCGACGCUGGAGACUUCAGCGAUGUUGUCCACAGACUCCAACUGGACAUCUACGAGCCCCCUGUGUCACAGUGCGUUCAGUGGGUGGAUGAUGCCAAGCUGAACCAGCUGCGGCGGGAGGGUAUCAGGUAUGUUCGAGUCCAGCUCUGUGACGAUGACGUUUACUUCAUCCCCAGAAACGUCAUCCAUCAGUUCAAGACUGUGUCUGCAGUCUGCAGCCUGGCCUGGCACAUCCGUCUCAAACAAUACCAACCCGAAGAGCAUCACCCCACUGACCCCACUCUCGCCAAUGACCCCACCUCCAUCCAAGAUGCCCACCCAAGCGGCCCCACCCAAACCUCUUCUCACGUCUUUGUUCCCUCCCCCACGCGACCGGACGCUACUGUGACCCCCUGCGUGCGACCCCAAGGGGGCAGUGUGCAAGGCGGGGUGGCCAACACUAGAGACCCAGAGUUCCAGAGACCGGCCACACCUCCUCAGGAGCCCCAGCCAGCCCCCCCUCAGCCCACCAAGUCUGCGUAUACCCCCCCACUGCUCCCCCUAGUGGCUCCAGAGCAGUCUGCAUGCACUCCUGUGAACGAGCCUGCACUUCCAAAAGCUCUGGAGCGAAGCACAGAGCUCUCACAAUGAACUGUUACUGUGGUGCUUAAACUAAUGUUUUUUGGAGAGUUUUGGUUAAAUUUGGAGGAUAAAGGAUUUUACUUUCUUCACAGGAAGCAUUGAACUGGAGAUAUUGCUUUAAGGUAGACUGUGUUUUUAUUUUUAUUUAUUUUUUAAUUAUGCAAAGCUAUAAUUUUAUCAUUUUAUACUUUUAUAAACUCUCAGAACAUAUUCUGCUGUUUGGCCAAAUUUUUAUUUAGGAUUUGAGCUUUUUAAGUUUUACAAGACGCAAAUUGACAAUAUUAACUUUACUUUUUAAAAUCUACUGAGAUAGAUUUUUUCAAGAUCAAAAUAUCAUUACAUCAUUACAAUUUCAGAUAUGUCAAAACAUUCACAGAAAAGUGAAUUGAUUUCAGUUCGAAAUCAAAUUGCGAUCAAAACUAAAACAAAUCUUAACUUUGUAUUGUUGCACUUUACUGCGUUUACUCUUGAUCCUUGAUGAUUUUCAGAAAUUCAAGGAAUCUCAUGUAUAAAGUACUGUUUUAUAUUUAUAUAUAUACUCUACAAUCGCCAUUCAGACACAUGACUUCAAUAGGUAUAAAUAAAAUAUAACUUCACAAUAAUAUUCAGAAAUAAUGUCACAUUUUCUGUUUCAUGUAACUGUCUUUGUUUGAUGCAUCAAUUUUUUAUACAUUUCUUCUGCAGAGUGCAUAUGAAGCUGCACCUGCAUUUUAUGUUUUCUUUUAAAUUAAUAAUUUAAAUAAUUAUUUUUGUAGAGUGUAUUUUUUUAUUUAUAAAAUUUCAAUUUCAGACAUAGUUUAAAGUUGUUAGUAUCAGAGGACAUAUGGCGCCUGCUGUUGGCAAUAAGUUUGAUUCUUCCCUUUGGGGUUGUGUGUAAAUAUUUUGUUAUAACCCAGGUGUGUUGUGUAUUUGAGAUAUUUUUUAUUUUGGAAUCUUGAUUUAGUUGCUGUUGUGUUGUUCAACUAACUUAUGAAACUUAUGUGUGACUUUGUUGUGAAGUAUAAGUGAGGGCCUUUAAAUACUUCCAGUUCAAAGGUCACAGAAUAUCAGAAUAUUAUUAUUAUUAUUAUUAUUAUUAUGGUUAAUUCUUCCAGAAGCCUUUCUUUUGAUUUUAAAAGUCACACUGCCCUCCUUCACUUCGGCAACCCUGACCCCAAGAGCUAACUAACUCACAGUUCUUCCACAGUCAGACAUGGACUGAACCAGGACUAAACCAGCACUUAACCAGGACCUAAAGAGAACUGAACUGGGACUGAACGGGACUAAACCGGAACCAAACCAGGACGACUAAAACAAGACUGAACCAGGACUUAACCAGGUCAGAGAUCCAUGUAUUUUUUCCUGAAUAUGAGUAGACUGUUUAUUUCAAAGCGAAAAAAAGUUAAAUCACUUGGAACGUUCUUCAAAGAGUUUUCCUUUUCACAACUGCACAAUUGCAUGUUUUCCAAUGAUUGGCAAGUUUUUUAUUCAAUGUAAAUACAAAUUAUCCAAGUUUUUGAAUAUAUUUUACCAGCAUUUUUGCCCAUAUUUGUCAGGGGAUCCAAUGUGAACUGAGGGCACUGUUAUUCAUAUAUUCCAGUUGCUCUAUCAUAGCCUGCCCAGUGCCUUGUGUAAAUGAACGGCCUCAUUCUGCUGUGAGGUACUUAAGAUGGAGAGACUUGAUUUAUUUAAAGCUUACAUAACUUAUGUAUCUGCAUGAGUGGAGGAAAAUGUAUUGUAAUUUAAAUGCCUUUGUUAGAAACCUCAUUUAGGAAAGCAAAAAUGUGUUAAAUAAACUGUUGAU